UGUCUUUGCCUCACGGCUCUGCACAGGAAAUCUAUUGCUGUGUCAAGUCCCAGAGAAGUUUCUUCGCUUCCAAGUUACUAGUCAGACCAAAGCACGCUGAGUGGAAGGAGAGGGCAGGGAAGACAGGACUGCUCCCGGCUGAUGGGUUAAGAGGUGGGCUACCACGCAGAAGCCAACCCGAGAGCGGAGGGAUCCUGGUCAUGGUCACCGCUGCUCCCCUACCUGUGAAGAGAAAGAGCACCGAGUGAGCCGCUGAAAACCAGAAAACCGAAAUGCUCUGCUUUUGGAGAACUUCUCACGUAGCAGUACUCUUGAUCUGGGGGGUCUUCGCGGCUGAGUUUUUCCGUGUAGCCUUGGAUGCCCUGGAACUUAUUCUGUAGACCAAGCUGGCCUGAAACUCAGAUCCACGUUCCUCUGUGUUCCAAGUUCAGGAUUAAGGAAGUGUGCCACUACCACCUGGCUUGAUGCUCAUUCUUAGCCAAAGCAAGACAGUGUUUGGUGUUCAGAGUGUUUGCAUUAUUGGCUCUCAAAUUCCUUUAUGUGCAGUUAAUGUUUAUGGACUGUUUCUAUGGUUGCACCAGCCUGCACUUGCCUGAUCUUAUCUGAUCUUGUAAGAGUCAAGUUGUCCUGAUAAGAAUCAAACAAUGCAGAACAAUUCAUCAACUAUGACAGAAGUUAACACUACAGUGUUUGUACAGAUGGGUAAAAAGGCUCUGCUCUGCUGCCCUUCUAUUUCACUGACAAAAGUAAUAUUAAUAACAUGGACAAUAACCCUCAGAGGACAGCCUUCCUGCAUAAUAUCCUACAAAGCAGACACAAGGGAGACCCAUGAAAGCAACUGCUCGGACAGAAGCAUCACCUGGGCCUCCACACCUGACCUCGCUCCUGACCUUCAGAUCAGUGCAGUGGCCCUCCAGCAUGAAGGGCGUUACUCAUGUGAUAUAGCAGUACCUGACGGGAAUUUCCAAAACAUCUAUGACCUCCAAGUGCUGGUGCCCCCUGAAGUAACCCACUUUCCAGGGGAAAAUAGAACUGCAGUUUGUGAGGCGAUUGCAGGCAAACCUGCUGCGCAGAUCUCUUGGACGCCAGAUGGGGAUUGUGUCGCUAAGAAUGAAUCACACAGCAAUGGCACCGUGACUGUCCGGAGCACAUGCCACUGGGAGCAGAGCCACGUGUCUGUCGUGUUCUGUGUUGUCUCUCACUUGACAACUGGUAACCAGUCUCUGUCUAUAGAACUGGGUAGAGGGGGUGACCAAUUAUUAGGAUCAUACAUUCAAUACAUCAUCCCAUCUAUUAUUAUUUUGAUCAUCAUAGGAUGCAUUUGUCUUUUGAAAAUCAGUGGCUGCAGAAAAUGUAAAUUGCCAAAAUCGGGAGCUACUCCAGAUAUUGAGGAGGAUGAAAUGCAGCCGUAUGCUAGCUACACAGAGAAGAGCAAUCCACUCUAUGAUACUGUGACCACGACGGAGGCACACCCAGCGUCACAAGGCAAAGUCAAUGGCACAGACUGUCUUACUUUGUCAGCCAUGGGAAUCUAGAACCAAGGAAAAGAAGUCAAGAGACAUCAUAAUUACUGCUUUUCUUUCUUUAAACUUCUCCAAUGGAGGGAAAUUAGCUCUUCUGAAGUUCUUAGAAAGCACAAAUGUUCUAAUGGAUUUGCCUUUAAGUUCUUCUAUCAUUGGAAGUUUGGAAUCUUUGCUGCUACCUGUUAAUUCUAGGAAGAACUGAUUUAAUUAUUACAAAGAAAGCACAUUGUUAUGGUAAAAUAUCAAAUUGUGCAAUACAAUGAUGAAAACUGAGUUUCCUCAAGAAAUAACUGCAGAAGGAACAAUCAUUACUAAAGCAUUUCAUGUGAGUUCUUCCAAAAAAGAAAAUCCCUGUGUAUACGACAUGAUUAUGGUAUGUGUGUGCCUUUAUAUGUUUGUUUACAAAUGUGUAUAUAUGCACACAUCUGAUUAUCAAGACAUCUCUGUCAAAAACUCACUGGCGUUCCAGAUUUAUGAAAGCUAAUAAAGUGAGUAUUGGAGAUGUUUUUAUAUCUGUAUAUGUAAAACUACCUCAUUCUUUUUAAUGGCUACAUAAAAUUCAUGGUCCUUGGAUGGGCAUUUAGACUUUGUGUUGUAUGUGGUAUUAAAUGAUACCAUGUGGAAUGUUUCUUGUGGUGAAUCUCCGCAUUAUUUGAGUGCACCUGUGAGAUAAUUUCUGUGAGUGUAAUGGUCCUGUCAGUUGGAAUGCGCUUUUAUGAUCAAUAGAUUAGUCAAACUGUGUCAGUUUACAUUUUCUCUAAUUGUGUUUAAUGUGACUUUCUCCAUAUUCUUAUUCUUAUGUUUUUAAUAUCUUCACUUUCACCUUUUAUACUUUCCAUCUUUAAUUAACCAGUUGGGUGAUGUGUCUUAAGGUUGUGAUAUUAACUUUAUUAUUUAAUGGAACUGGAUUCAUAUCUUUGGGUUUCAUGUCCACAAAAGAGAUAGAAAGCAUUUGUAAAGACAGUAUUUUCAACUCCUUGUAUUACUACAAAAAUGUUGACAUCUGAUGCACAACAGUUUUAUGGAUGUUAUGAAUUGUGUGUUUUUAACAUUCUAUUCUGAUGUACUUAUAAGAGAGCAACUGUCUUUGAACUAUAUAUGUAGGUGGGAGAACUUGGAGUACUUUAUGUGCUAAUAGGAUGGUAAUGGGAUGAUAUAACUUUUCCCUCCAGUUUUUUGGAGGGAAAUAUUAGGAAUACAUGUAUUGAUAAUUUUUAGCAUAUAUUUUUUAAUUGUUAAAAAUAAACCUGUUCCCUUUAUAUCAGGAAAGAUAUUAAAAAUGGAUUUAUUCAUCUUAA